AUGUUACAAAGCACAUCUGAUAUAACGAUAUUGAUUUUUGGCUUAACAGCUAUCGUGACUGGUUUGCUUGGUUUAACAAGUCCUGAAAUAAUGUUACAUCUGAUGAAUUUCAGUGUAAUUGAUCGAUCGACACGACAAGAUGGUGAUUACACUCUAGCAUUUCUGACUUGUUCAUCAGUGGCGUCAUUGAAUAUGGGUGUUUAUUAUUUGGUUGCUGUAUGGACCCAAUGGAUAAAAUUCUAUCAAUUUACAGUGAUAUUUCGAUUAGUAACAGUUACAGUAUUGAUGUUAGCUGUAAAGAACGGUCACGCACCAACAGGUCUUGUUGGCGUAGUGAUCUGGGAAUUGAUAGGUGCGUUAACAACAGCAGCAGCUUUGUGGCACGAUGCAAAAAACAGACGACGAAAUGAGAUGAAAAAGACUUCAUAA